AUGAAUCGGGAACAACAAACGAUCGCAAUAAUACAACAAGGUGCACAACCAAGAACUAAGAAAAACAGAGAUCAAGCACAACAGACAGUUAAAUUAAAUCAACUUGAUGCACAAACUCAAACACGAACGGCCUUAAUAAGAACAACAUUAGCACGUGGUCCAUUUGGACACGCAUUAGUUUUACCUCCAUCAUCUGAACAUAAUUCAUGUGACAAUACUAUAGCUCGAUCUCUAUUAGUGAUAGCACAUAAUAAUACAAUCAUUCGAUUAAUUUGGAUGGUACCUUUAACAUCAAUGAAAUCUAUACGAGAAUAUGAAGUCUAUAGAUAUCAACAAGGUGUAACAGCCACAUCAUCCGAUUGGAGAAAAACUGAAAUAGUUAAAUCAAUUGAUUCAGCAAUGGGAGUUACUCAAAAUGACGUUCAAUGUAAUUGUUAUUACGCAUUUACUGUCUGA